AAUAGCAACAACAACAACACCAACACCAACAACAAUAGCAACAACAACAACACCAACACCAACAACAAUAGCAACAACAACAACACCAACACCAACAACAAUAGCAACAACAACAACACCAACACCAACAACAAUAGCAACAACAACAACACCAACACCAACAACAAUAGCAACAACAACAACACCAACACCAACAACAAUAGCAACAACAACAACACCAACACCAACAACAAUAGCAACAACAACAACACCAACACCAACAACAAUAGCAACAACAACAACACCAACACCAACAACAAUAGCAACAACAACAACACCAACACCAACAACAAUAGCAACAACAACAACACCAACACCAACAACAAUAGCAACAACAACAACACCAACACCAACAACAAUAGCAACAACAACAACACCAACACCAACAACAAUAGCAACAACAACAACACCAACACCAACAACAAUAGCAACAACAACAACACCAACACCAACAACAAUAGCAACAACAACAACACCAACACCAACAACAAUAGC